AUGAAUAGAGAAAUAAAAUAUCUUCCUCAAGUAAUUUUAAUAGGCGAUAUAGGUGUCGGAAAAACAUCGCUUGUAAAGAGAUACGUAGAGCAGGGCUUCAGCAUAAAAGAAAAGGCUACAAUCGGGGUCAACUUAAGCACCAAAGAGGUGACUGUCGAUGAUGACGUGGUCACACUGCAGAUCUGGGACACUGCGGGCUUUUAUUGUCUUAAAAGCGCCUUCAAGCGAGGUGUCGUCUUUUGUAUGCUUGCUUUUGACGUUACGUCAUAUUCCUCCUUCGAAGGACUAGACUGGUGGCUCGACGAGUUUCUACUACGAGCUCGUCCUCGCGAUCCUGUAAAUUUUCCCUUUAUAGUAGUUGGCAACAAGGUAGAUCUUGGCAACCGCAUCGUUUCCAAUAGAGAAGUGAAUGAAUGGUGCCAACGGAAUAAUAAUAUGCCCUACUUUGAAACUUCUGCUAAGGAAGGCACUAACGUGGAUUUGGCAUUUCAGGCCUUAUUUUGGAAUGCUCUAAAGCAGGAGUCAAAUACUCUUUUUAAAACUUAA